AUGACGUGGCUGCUUCUGUUGCCUGUUAUCCCAUGCAAAAUAGAAAAUAGGAAAAGCCCUGAGGAAGAACUCUUUCCUGCCCAACAUGAGUGGUACCAAUCAGGAGAACUCCUCAUUGGUGGAAUUGCUUCUCAGAUUGUUUAUACUCUUCACACAUUUUAUUUUAAGAAACCUCCUUCUCUGGACUUGUUUAAUGAUGGAGUUAUGAUGAUAAAGUACUACCAGCACAACCUCGCAUUGGCAUUUGCCAUGAAUGAGAUCAAUAAGAAUCUCCAGAUCUUGCCAAACAUCACUCUUGGGUUCCACAUCUAUGACAGCUACUUUGAUAUGAAAAUGACCUACCAUACUACUCUGGGCCUGCUCUUCAAAUCACAGAGGUUUGUCCCCAAUUACAAAUGUGACAGACAGAAUAACCUCAUAGCCAUCAUUGGGGGACUUGAUUCUGAGACUUCGUUCCAUAUAGCAGAAAUCUUAGGACACUACAAAAUUCCACAGAUCACAUAUGGCUCAUUUGUCUCAAAGGAGAGGGAUGCAACAGAGAUUCCCUUCUACCGCACAGUCCCAAAUGAAGCCCAGCAGUAUAUGGGAAUUGUCCAGUUGUUGCUCCAUUUUAGGUGGACGUGGGUUGGCCUCCUGGCUGCAGAUGAUGAUGGUGGAGAGAAUUUCUUGAAGUCUUUGGAGCCAUUGCUUUCCCAAAAUAAAAUCUGUUUAGCUUUCACUGAAAGAAUCCCAAACCAAGCACAAUGGGAUACCAUAGAAGAUAUUAAAAACUUGAUCAAAAUUAUACAUAAAUUCUUUGAAGACAGAAAAGUCAAUACUUUUAUUCUCUAUGGAGGAUCUCUUACCAUGAUAUCAUUGAAUAAUAUGAUAUUUCUAGGAUAUGCUGGAUACGAGGGAAAUAUAUCUUUAAGCAAGGUGUGGAUUUUGACUGCCCAAGUGGAUUUCAUGUUAUCUGGAGCUCAAAGGAAUUGGAAUUUGGACUUGUUCCAUGGUGCCAUAGCAUUCACCAUUCACUCAAAUCAGCUCCAGCAGUUCAAGAAAUAUCUUUCUAGUAUAAAACCUUACCAGAUAAAACAAAAUAACUUUCUCAAGGAAUUCUGGGAGCAAGCAUUUGAUUGUUCAUUUACAAAUCUCUAUGGGUCAUUGGAAAUUGAUGGCAUGUGCACUGGAGAGGAGAGACUGGAGAGUCUUCCUGGGGCUGUUUUUGAAAUGCACAUGACUGGUCACAGCUACAGUGUCUAUAAUGCUGUCUAUGCCAUAGUGUAUGCUUUGAAAGCGAUGGCCCUGUCAAAUGAAAUGGGUCGAAAAAAUGUUCAACUCCAACAUCUCCACCCUUGGCAGCUGCACCCUUUUAUUCAAAGCAGUUCUUUCAACAAUUCUGCUGGAGAAACAGUGUCUUUUAAUGAUAAGAAGGAAAUAGAAGAUGGAUUUGACAUCAUGAACAUGGUCACAUUCCCCAAUAGGUCCUUUCUUAGAGUCAAAGUCGGCAGAGUUGAUUCCUCUGCUCCUAAAGAGAAACGGUUCAUUAUUCAUGAUGAUAUGAUAGUGUGGAAAACAACAUUUAACCAGGGGCCUCCCCUUUCCGUGUGCAAUGAUUACUGUCACCCUGGAUCUCAGAAGAAAAAGAAGGAAGGGGAACAAUUUUGCUGUUAUAAUUGUGCUCCUUGCCCAGAGGGGAAGAUAUCAAGCCAGAAGGACGCUCUCGACUGUGUAAAAUGCCAAGAAAACCAAUAUCCAAGAAAAGACCAAACAGGAUGCAUCCAAAAAGUUACAACCUUCUUGUCAUUUGAAGAACCUUUAGGCAUCAGUUUAGCCAUAUUAGCUGCAUCUUUUUCCAUUAUCACAGGUUUAGUACUAAGAAUUUUCAUUAAGUGCAGAGAUACACCCAUCGUCAAAGCCAACAACCGACAUAUCACCUACACUCUCCUGGUCUCUCUCCUGCUCUGCUUCCUCUGUCCUUUGCUAUUCCUUGGAGAACCCAUCAAGGUGACCUGCUUCAUCCGCCAAGUUGCUUUUGGCAUCAUCUUCACAGUGGCUAUUUCUUGUGUGUUGGCCAAAACCAUCACUGUGGUUGUCGCUUUCAUGGCCACCAAACCAGGGUCCAGUAUGAGGAAGUGGGUGGGAACAAAGCUGGCCAACUCAAUUCUUCUUUCUUGUUUUCUCGUUCAAGCAGCCAUUUGCAUGCUGUGGCUAGGAACUUCUCCCCCUUUCCCUGAUUUAGACAUGCAGUCUCUGAAUACAGAGAUAGUAGCAGAAUGUAAUGAAGGGUCAGCCGUCAUGUUUUACAUUGUUCUGGGCUACUUGGGACUUCUGUCCGUCAUCAGCUUGACUGUGGCUUUCCUAGCCAGGAAGCUGCCAGACAGUUUCAACGAAGCCAAGUUUAUCACCUUCAGCAUGCUGAUCUUUUGCAGUGUUUGGCUGUCUUUUGUUCCAAGCUACGUCAGCACCAAAGGGAAGUACAUGGUAGCUGUGGAGAUCUUCUCUAUCUUGGCCUCCAGUGCAGGGUUGCUGGCUUGUAUCUUUUCCCCCAAAUGUUACAUUAUAUUGCUGAGGCCUGACCUGAACAGUAGAGACCAUCUAAUUAGGAGAAAGAAUUAA